AUGGCGGAAGGAAAAGCAAGACGUGUUGCCCAAACGGAAGAUUUAUCAAACGUUGAAUUUGAAACCAGUGAAGAUGUUGAAGUUAUCAAUACGUUUGAUAAUAUGGGACUGCGUGAUGAAUUAUUGCGUGGAAUUUACGCUUACGGUUUUGAAAGACCAUCUGCUAUUCAACAGAGGUCCAUAAAACCCAUGAUGAAAGGCCGAGAUGUGAUAGCACAAGCUCAAUCCGGUACUGGUAAAACAGCAACUUUCUCUAUUGCCAUUCUCCAGUCUCUGGACACUCAAAUCCGGGAAACACAAGUCCUAGUUCUGUCGCCAACUCGUGAGUUAGCGGUUCAGAUCCAGAAGGUAAUUCUUGCUCUAGGAGAUUUUAUGAAUGUCCAGUGUCAUGCUUGUAUUGGUGGAACUAACCUCGGUGAGGAUAUCAGGAAGCUUGAUUAUGGACAACAUGUUGUCUCUGGAACUCCUGGACGUGUUUUUGAUAUGAUCAAAAGGCGAACACUCAGAACCAGAGCCAUAAAGAUGCUAGUACUUGACGAAUCUGAUGAAAUGUUGAACAAGGGAUUUAAGGAACAAAUUUAUGAUGUGUAUCGUUAUUUACCUCCAGCGACACAAGUUGUCCUUGUAUCUGCUACGUUACCACACGAAAUUCUUGAAAUGACUUCCAAGUUUAUGACUGAUCCUAUUCGUAUUCUCGUUAAACGCCGUGUUUUAAUUACAACAGACGUCUGGGCACGUGGUAUUGAUGUUCAACAAGUAUCAUUAGUUAUAAAUUACGACUUGCCCAACAACCGUGAGUUGUACAUCCACCGAAUUGGCAGAUCAGGUCGUUUUGGACGUAAAGGUGUCUCUAUAAACUUCGUCAAGACUGACGACAUUCGUAUUCUCCGGGAUAUUGAACAAUAUUAUUCUACGCAAAUCGAUGAAAUGCCGAUGAACGUCGCUGAUUUAAUUUAA